AUGUCUGGGAUGCUGAUGGAGGAGGAGAAGGAAACGGCGCGGAAGGUGGGAAUCCCGCUGGGGGUUGGGACGUGGCCCGACCGGGGAAUCCUUGAAAGGAUGGCAUACCUGAGAACUGCUGUGGUGCAGGAUUGCCAGGGAAUGGCGGCAAAGUCUGCGGAGCGCUGGAUUGGGGAUAUGACCCCGGUUGAGGACCUGGUAUAGAAUGCACAGGCUGUGGACCAGAGAACGCCUGCGAUGCGGGCAGGCCACUGGAGAUCGGCUGCGAAGUCACUUGAUUUUGAAAUGGCUGCAAUGUCUGAGAUGCCAAGGGAGCACCGGGAGGGGGACUUCCGGGAAACGGUCGAAUUGACUGCAUUGGAGGAUGCCCAGGCGCAGGUCCUCUGGUCGAUACCAUCGGGGGCCCAACCAGAGGCUGCUGUUGCCGCUGCGGCUGCGGCUGCUGCAAAUUCGCCGGGGGAGGGAACCGCUGCCCAGGCGUUCCCAACAUGGAAGGGCCGUUGCUCGUCAUUGAUCCAAUUGGACCCACAGCCUGAGGCCUGGGUGGCACGACGGGUCCCCCGAAUGGUGUCUGAGGCUGGGAAAACGGGGACGGCGAUCCCGAAGGCCGAGCAGGUGGCCCGGCGCGAGAGAUCGGCCCCUGGCCGGGAAAAGGAGAUGCCGGCGCACCAAAGGGGAUGGAAGCUCCUGAUGACGCAGGAUUAG